CAUGGAGAGCGGCGACCGCGGCUGGCGGGCGACGCUGGAGACGCUUUCGCCCGCGAGGUAGUUGGCCGACGUUGCGCAAGGACGAAAGUGCUGGCGGGUGGCCGCGGCGUCCCCGCUAGCCCCCCGACGAGGCCGGGCGGGCUGCUGGCUGGCGGAUUCCGCCGCGAUUACCCCGGAGGCUCUUUGCAAAGCUGCUUGAAACUUCUCCCAAACUCGCCAUGGAUGUGGCGGCCGCGGCGUUGCCUGCUUUUGUAGCUCUCUGGCUUCUGUACCCGUGGCCUCUCCUGGGGUCGGUCCAUGGCCAGUUCUCAGCAGGUGGCUGUACUUUUGAUGAUGGGCCAGGGGCCUGUGACUACCACCAGGAUUUGUACGAUGACUUUGAGUGGGUCCAUGUCAGUGCGCAGGAACCUCAUUACCUGCCCCCCGAAAUGCCUCAAGGUUCCUAUAUGGUUGUGGACUCCUCAAAUCAUGAUCCUGGAGAAAAAGCCAGACUUCAGCUGCCUACCAUGAAGGAGAAUGACACCCACUGCAUUGAUUUCAGUUACCUGUUAUAUAGCCAGAAGGGGUUGAACCCUGGCACUUUGAAUAUCCUAGUUAGGGUGAAUAAAGGACCUCUUGCUAAUCCAAUUUGGAAUGUAACUGGAUUCACUGGUCGUGAUUGGCUUCGGGCUGAGCUAGCUGUGAGCACCUUUUGGCCCAAUGAAUACCAGGUAAUAUUUGAAGCUGAAGUCUCAGGAGGGAGAAGUGGUUAUAUUGCCAUUGAUGACAUCCAAGUCCUGAGUUAUCCUUGCGAUAAAUCUCCUCAUUUUCUCCGCCUUGGUGAUGUGGAGGUCAAUGCUGGGCAGAAUGCUACAUUUCAGUGCAUUGCUACAGGGAGAGAUGCUGUGCAUAACAAGUUAUGGCUGCAGAGACGCAAUGGAGAAGACAUACCCGUAGCCCAGACUAAGAACAUAAAUCACAGAAGAUUUGCUGCCUCUUUCAGAUUGCAAGAAGUGACAAAAACUGACCAGGAUUUGUACCGCUGCGUAACUCAGUCAGAACGAGGUUCUGGGGUUUCCAAUUUUGCUCAACUCAUUGUGAGAGAACCACCUAGACCCAUUGCUCCUCCCCAGCUGCUUGGUGUCGGGCCUACUUACUUGCUGAUCCAACUAAAUGCCAACUCUAUUAUUGGCGAUGGCCCCAUCAUCCUGAAAGAAGUAGAGUAUCGAAUGACAUCAGGAUCUUGGACAGAAACCCAUGCAGUCAACGCGCCAACAUAUAAGUUGUGGCAUUUAGACCCAGAUACAGAAUACGAGAUCCGCGUCCUGCUUACCAGACCUGGUGAAGGGGGAACUGGGCUCCCAGGACCACCACUGAUCACUAGAACGAAGUGUGCAGAACCUAUGCGGACACCAAAGACUUUAAAGAUUGCUGAAAUCCAGGCAAGGCGCAUUGCAGUGGACUGGGAGUCCUUGGGCUACAACAUCACUCGUUGCCACACUUUCAAUGUCACUAUCUGCUACCAUUACUUCCGUGGCCACAAUGAGAGCAGGGCAGACUGCUUGGACAUGGACCCCAAAGCCCCUCAGCAUGUUGUGAACCAUCUGCCACCUUACACAAAUGUCAGCCUCAAGAUGAUCCUAACCAACCCAGAGGGAAGGAAGGAGAGUGAAGAGACAAUCAUCCAAACUGAUGAAGAUGUGCCCGGGCCUGUGCCAGUCAAAUCCCUCCAAGGAACAUCCUUUGAAAACAAGAUCUUCCUGAACUGGAAAGAGCCACUGGAACCGAAUGGAAUUAUCACUCAGUAUGAGGUGAGCUAUAGCAGCAUAAGAUCAUUUGACCCUGCUGUUCCAGUGGCUGGGCCCCCGCAGACUGUAUCAAAUUUAUGGAAUAGUACACACCAUGUAUUUAUGCAUCUUCACCCUGGAACCACCUAUCAGUUUUUUAUAAGAGCCAGCACUGUCAAAGGCUUUGGACCAGCAACAGCCAUCAAUGUGACCACAAAUAUCUCAGCUCCAAGCUUACCUGACUAUGAAGGAGUUGAUGCCUCUCUGAAUGAAACUGCCACCACCAUCACAGUACUAUUGAGGCCUGCACAAGCCAAAGGUGCUCCUAUCAGUGCUUAUCAAAUUGUUGUGGAGCAGCUACACCCACAUCGAACGAAGCGUGAAGCAGGGGCCAUGGAAUGCUACCAGGUACCGGUUACAUACCAGAACGCCCUGAGUGGGGGCGCACCCUAUUACUUUGCUGCAGAACUUCCCCCUGGGAAUCUUCCCGAGCCGGCUCCCUUCACCGUGGGUGACAACCGGACCUAUAAAGGCUUUUGGAACCCUCCCCUGGCCCCCCGCAAAGGAUACAACAUCUAUUUCCAAGCGAUGAGCAGUGUGGAGAAGGAAACUAAAACCCAAUGUGUACGAAUUGCUACAAAAGCAGCAGCAACAGAAGAACCAGAAGUGAUCCCAGACCCGGCAAAGCAGACAGACAGAGUGGUGAAAAUCGCGGGCAUCAGUGCUGGCAUCCUAGUGUUCAUCCUUCUCCUGCUGGUUGUCAUAGUAAUUGUGAAAAAGAGAUAUAUAUGUUGGAGAAGACACAUCUGCAUUAGAAACAUUAGGAGGAGCUACUAUUCUUACUCCUACUACCUCAAGCUUGCUAAGAAACGCAAAGAUGCAAUGGGGAACACACGUCAGGAGAUGACCCACAUGGUGAAUGCUAUGGACCGGAGUUAUGCUGAUCAGAGCACCCUGCAUGCAGAAGACCCCCUUUCCCUCACCUUCAUGGACCAACAUAACUUCAGUCCAAGAUUGCCCAAUGAUCCACUUGUGCCGACUGCCGUGUUAGUCCCUAUAACCGAUGAGAACCACAGUGCCACAGCAGAGUCUAGUCGUCUCCUGGAUGUUCCUCGAUACCUCUGUGAAGGGACAGAGUCCCCUUAUCAGACAGGACAGCUGCACCCAGCCAUCAGGGUGGCCGACUUACUGCAGCACAUUAACCUCAUGAAGACAUCAGACAGCUAUGGGUUCAAAGAGGAAUACGAGAGCUUCUUUGAAGGCCAGUCAGCCUCAUGGGAUGUGGCUAAAAAGGAUCAAAACAGAGCAAAGAACCGAUACGGAAACAUUAUCGCAUAUGAUCACUCCAGAGUCAUCCUGCAACCUGUGGAAGAUGACCCUUCUUCAGAUUACAUUAAUGCCAACUACAUCGACAUUUGGCUGUACAGGGAUGGCUACCAGAGACCAAGCCACUACAUUGCAACUCAAGGCCCAGUUCAUGAAACUGUAUAUGAUUUUUGGAGGAUGGUGUGGCAAGAGCAGUCUGCCUGUAUUGUGAUGGUCACUAAUUUAGUGGAAGUUGGCCGGGUGAAAUGCUAUAAAUAUUGGCCUGAUGAUACUGAGCUUUAUGGUGACUUCAAAGUCACCUGUGUAGAAAUGGAACCACUUGCUGAAUACGUCGUUAGGACAUUCACCUUGGAAAGGAGGGGCUAUAACGAAAUCCGUGAAGUCAAACAGUUCCACUUCACUGGCUGGCCUGACCAUGGCGUUCCAUACCACGCAACAGGGCUCCUGUCAUUUAUCCGGAGAGUCAAGCUAUCUAACCCUCCCAGUGCUGGGCCCAUUGUCGUACACUGCAGUGCUGGUGCUGGGCGCACAGGCUGUUACAUUGUUAUUGACAUAAUGCUGGACAUGGCUGAAAGAGAGGGUGUGGUUGACAUCUACAACUGUGUGAAAGCCUUACGAUCUCGACGCAUUAAUAUGGUACAGACAGAGGAACAGUACAUUUUUAUUCAUGAUGCCAUUUUAGAAGCCUGCUUAUGUGGAGAAACUGCCAUCCCUGUGUGUGAAUUUAAAGCUGCAUAUUUUGAUAUGAUUCGAAUAGACUCUCAGACUAACUCCUCUCAUCUCAAAGAUGAAUUUCAGACUCUGAAUUCGGUCACCCCUCGACUACAAGCUGAAGACUGCAGCAUAGCCUGCCUGCCAAGGAACCAUGACAAGAACCGUUUCAUGGAUAUGCUCCCACCUGACAGAUGUCUGCCUUUUUUAAUUACAAUUGAUGGGGAGAGCAGUAACUACAUCAAUGCUGCUCUUAUGGAUAGCUAUAGGCAGCCAGCAGCUUUCAUCGUCACACAAUACCCACUGCCAAACACUGUGAAAGACUUCUGGAGAUUAGUAUAUGAUUACGGAUGUACCUCCAUCGUGAUGUUAAAUGAAGUGGACUUGUCUCAGGUUGGUAGACAUACAUUGAUAUUGUGCUUUUGGAUACAACCUAGCAGAAUAAUAAUAAGAUAUCAUUUCCUACUUUAUAAGGACUCUAAUUCCCUUCCCAGACCACAGGAGGGCUAUCUGAUGGUACAACAGUUCCAGUACCUAGGCUGGGCUUCUCAUCGAGAAGUGCCUGGCUCCAAACGCUCGUUUUUGAAAUUGAUACUCCAGGUGGAAAAAUGGCAAGAGGAAUGUGAAGAAGGGGAAGGCCGGACAAUCAUCCACUGCUUGAAUGGCGGUGGACGCAGUGGCAUGUUCUGUGCCAUAGGCAUUGUUGUGGAGAUGGUGAAGCGGCAAAAUGUGGUGGAUGUUUUCCAUGCAGUAAAGACCCUGAGGAACAGCAAGCCAAACAUGGUGGAAGCCCCGGAGCAGUAUCGUUUUUGCUAUGAUGUGGCGUUAGAGUACCUGGAGUCCUCAUAGUUCGCUGAGACUAUUUGCAGAGCAUCGAAGCAGAAAUCCAUUCGUCUGUUGAGCCAGCAGCUGUUGUACCUGUUACUGCACCAAGAGAUUUUAAUGUAAGGGGGUGGGAGGCUUUUACAUUGGAGAGGCAAACGUAUUUUUCUUAUAAAGUUGUGUAUCUUAAUAAAAAGGACUUGAUCAGUGUCUGUGACUGUAUGAGAGCAUCCACAUUUCGUGCCACCUAAUUUUAUCUUUAAUCAGAGGCAGAUUCGGAUGAGAAGUGGUCUGCGUCUGUCCAGUGACCACACAGCCUUUUCUCUCCUGCUUUCUGUAGAGCAGCUACCA